AUGAAGUACGUCGCCUUGCUGAGUGGUGGCAAGGACAGUUGCUUCAAUUUGUUGCACUGCCAGAAGAACGGUCAUGAGCUGGUUGCUGCAGCAUCCCUAGGUCCUGAACGUGGCAAAGAGGAGAUCGAUUCAUUUUUCUAUCAGACAGUUGGGCAAGACGCAAUAGAAUAUGUGGCGAAUGCUUUGGAUGUGCCUCUGUAUCGCAGAACCAUAGAGGGCACUGCUCUCGCGGUUGGCGCCGAAUACGGCAGCAGAGACGCGAAGGAUCCGCCCGAUGUACCAGGGGACGAGACUGAAGACCUCUAUGCGUUGCUUUCCGACGUAAAGACCCGGCAUCCAGAUAUACUGGGCGUUUCCGCAGGGGCAAUACUCUCGGAUUACCAAAGGGUCCGACUAGAACAUGUAUGCCGACGACUAUCUCUAACUGCGCUGUGCUACCUAUGGCAGCGAGAUCAAGGGCAACUACUCGCAGAAAUGAUCGAUGCAGGGUUGCACGCUGUUAUCAUCAAAGUAGCAGGCAUUGGAUUGACGGAAGAACACCUGGGCAAAUCCCUCGCGCAGAUGCAAUCCAAGCUCCUCUUCUUGGCUAGCGGCGAAUACGAAACAUUGACGCUAGACUGUUCAAUGUUCAAGAAACGCAUCAUUCUGUCCGACACAGAGACUAUCAUACACUCUGACAACAGCUUUGCGUCAGUCGCGUACUUGCGGGUAAAACAUGCUGAGUUGGUGCAGAAGGAUGGCGCCUCCGAAAAUACCGUGCCGACUCCGCCAUUGCUAGAGGGGACUUUUCUGGAACUGAAAGACACCAUAUCUCAGCUUCAGACGGCAGAAAUUCGAUCUCCUCAGGACGAUAUACAGUUUGCUUAUGAGAUUCGACCAUACCUUCAUGGAAGCGCAGGAAGUCGAAUGCUAAACGACUGGGCUUCCGUCACGAACAUACAUAGGAAUCUGGACGAUCACGAGAUCACUUUGGAGGAGGAGGUUCGGGAAUGCUUCAGCAAACUGGAAGCCAGACUAUCUUUGAUGUCGCUAGAAGUGCGCAACUGCACGAACAUCAGCAUAUUCCUAUCGUCCAUGGACCUGUUUGCACGCGUCAACGCUGUCUAUUCCACAUAUUUCGCUACAAGCCCUCCCGCUCGUGCUUGUGUGGCUGUGGAUCUUCCUUCUCCUAUCCGCAUAAUGCUCGAUUGCGUCGCAUACAGUCGAGAGGCCAUCUCGGAGAGAAGCGCACUUCACGUGCAAAGUCUGAGCUAUUGGGCUCCCGCGAAUAUAGGGCCGUACUCACAAGCCAUCACUGCGGGUCAACGAAUUUUCAUAUCUGGACAAAUCGGUCUUAUCCCUAGUUCAAUGGCACUUCCUUCACCCCGGUCGUUGUGCCUAGAGACCGCACUAGUAUUCCAGCAUGCAAAACGUAUUAUGGAAGUCCUCAAAGGGCACCACAGUGAAGCUAGAAUAGGACAUGCGCAAUUGGCCUUGUACUGGGUGUCAAAUACAGAAAGUCUACCAAUGGUGAAACAAGCAGCAUACGUAUACUAUGAGGAUUCCCACAUUCCGGCACUUUUCGUAGUCGUGAAAGCACUACCACGGGAUGCACUGGUCGAAAAACAGAUGCUUUGCCAUACUGGCAGAUUCCCGAUCCGUGACGAGGACGGAGAAGAAGAUAUUCAGUAUAGUGCGCCCGCUCUCAGUGACGGUUGUAUCAUGUGUGACGCAUACGCUGUCUAUUGGGAGACGUCUAGCUUCGAUAUGACGGAUGGAGGACCAUCGUCCGCCAUCAUCUGUGUUCGGGGCAAAAAUCUCGACCAAGCGACUGUGGACAAGUUGAAGUCCCAUACGGUCCUGGAUCGUAUUCUGCGGCGAAGCCUCUCCAUCCGGUUGUUCUACACACCUCACUGCACAUUUGAAGUUGCCCCGGUGAUCAAUGCUCUGUGUGGCUCUUUCGUACCCGUCACGCCUAUUCCCUGCCGAUCGAUCUCCACGCGUGCAGACGACGAAUGGGAUUAUGCUAUUUGUAUCAUAAAUGACUGGGACAUGAUAGAUCAGCCCGGUAAAUAA